UCCCCCAAAAGCAAAACCUAAAACCCAAUCGGAACUGUAACACAUGUCUGAAUGGAAAGAUUGCAACGAAUGUUCGCCAGAGCUGGCGGGGCGUUAGGCCACCCGCCACCGGAUUCUCCAACACUAGACUCUUCUGAACAAGUUUACAUCUCUUCACCGGCCCUACUCAAAAUGCUUAAACACGGAAGGGCUGGAGUUCCUAUGGAAGUGAUGGGAUUGAUGUUAGGGGAAUUCGUGGACGAGUAUACAGUGCGUCUAGUGGAUGUGUUUGCAAUGCCUUAGAGUGGUACUGGAGUGAGUGUUGAAGCUGUUGAUCAUGUUUUCCAGACCAAUAUGUUUGACAUGCUCAAGCAGACUGGGAGGUAAUAACUGCUUGCUAUUG